AUGAGUGACAACGGCCCGUGCAUUAGUCGAUUGUUCGUAACAGAUAAACCAUCAGGCAGACGUUUUCUUGUUGAUACAGGUGCUGACAUUUCGGUUGUACCUCCCUCUCUUGCCGAAUCCAAACGGCCGCCUGGAAAAUUUAACUUAUUUGCAGCUAACGGAUCAAAAAUUGCAACAUAUGGAGAAAUAUUAAUGUCUUUGGAUCUAGGAUUGCGUCGCAAAUUUCAAUGGCCAUUUGUCAUCGCUGCGGUUUCGCACCCAAUAAUUGGUGCAGACUUUCUGCAAAAAUUUUCUCUUUUGGUCGACAUUAAAAAUCGACGCUUACUCGACUCCAUCACACAAUUGUCCGCGGUAGGUAGUAUUGGAAAUGCCACUAAUUUUGGAAUUAAAUUAAUUUCCGGUAAUUCUCCUUUCCACAAACUACUUGAGCAAUACCCUAACGUCAUCCGCUCAGUAACUGGCAAACCGACUGCUGACCACGGUAUUGUACACGUCAUAGAGACUACUGGACCACCAAUCUUUGCCAAAGCACGGCGGUUGCCUCCAGAGAAAUUAAAGGCUGCAAAAGAAGAAUUUAAAUACAUGCUUGAGCAAGGAAUCUGUCGGCCAUCUAAAAGUUCAUGGGCCAGUCCACUCCACAUGGUCCUAAGAAAAACGGCGACUGGCGUCCUUGUGGGGAUUAUCGACGUCUUAAUUCAGUUACUUUGCCUGAUAGAUAUCCGGUUCCUCAUAUUCAGGACUGCAUGCAAGUCUUGGAAGGCAAAAAUAUUUUUUCUACGUUAG